AUGUGCUGGAGCUGUGCAUUUCCUGAGCUCUAUCAGCAUGUCCUGAGAAAGAUGUCAUUUCAAGGUGAAGGAGAUUUAGAUUUGGGCUUCAGCUACCGCUCCAUCUUUAACCUCCACAAGCGCAGGCACAGCGGCGAGAAGCCUUUCCACUGUUCACAGUGCAACCAGCGCCUGAGUUGGAGGUCAGACCUGACGCGCCACCUGCGCAGACAGAAGGGAGAACGGCCUUUCUGGUGUGCUCUGUGCGGGAAGCGCUUUGGCCUCAGCUGGGACUGUGGGCGUCACCAGGUCGCACGCACCGGUGAGCGGUCCAUCGUGUGUCCCCAGUGCACCUGGAGCUUCAAUCGCAGCUCGAACCUGGCCAUGCGCCAGGGCGUCCACACCGGCGAACAGCCAUUCAGCUGCUCCGACUGUGGCCGCGGUUUCAGCCACCGCUCGUCGCUGCUCGUGCACCAGCGCGUGCACACCGGCGAGCAGCUCUACCGGUGCCGUGACUGCUGCAAGCGUCUCCGUGUUGGCCAGGACCUGGUCAAGCACCGGCGCCCUCACACCGGCGAGAAGCCCUGCAAGCGCGGGGUUUGCGGAGGAGCUUCAGCCAGAGCUCGCCCCUCGUCAUCCACCAGAGGGCGCAACGGGAGAGCGUCCUCUUGCUGUAACUGUGGCAAGAGCUUCAGUCAGAAGAGCAACCUCGUCACGCGCCAGAAGCUGCACGGGAUGGACAGGCGGCUGGGAGUGACAUCUGAGGCCUGA